AUGAUUACCGUGGAAGAAUUAAAGUAUGCCAUUGAUACAAGUAACAAUUCUACUCCUGGGCCAGAUAAAAUCACAUACAAUAUGAUAAAACACCUUCCAAACACCUCAUUGGUCUCGGCCAUAUUAUUUACAAAUAAUAAGAUGUUGCCAUUUUUUUUUGAUGUUGAAAAGGCCUAUGAUAAGGCCUGGAGAUACGGUAUCUUAAGGGAUUUGUUUAGAGCUGGUCUGAAAGAACAAGAAAUGGAGAUGGGAAUUCCACAGGGUAGCAUUUUAUCAGUUACCCUGUUCUGUCUGAAAAUAAAUGGUUUAUGCAACAUAAUUCCACCGGACAUGCUUGGAUGUCUCUAUAGUCUAUAUAGAUGA